ACCUGGGGCCCACAGCCCGGCCCGAGUGCGCCGCCAGGGGAGGUCGCCGCAACUUCCCCAGUCCACCUUAAAACGAGGAUGUGACCAGCCCGCGGCGCUGACCUUACGAAAACAAGUUUGCGCAAAGUGGAGCGGGGGCCGGAGUCUGGGCAGCCCGGGCGGCGCUUCCUCGCCUCGCAGCCACCCGGCGGCGCAGGUCCGAGCUGGCUCGACGCUGAGCGCAGGGGAGCGGAGGGAAGAGGAGGGCCCGGGCGCUGUGCGGGCUGGGAACUGGGGCGCCGACAGCCGAAGCCAGAGCAGGAUCCGUGCGGUCCGGCUUCCGAACAGGCGGCGCGGCGCGGAGGCUCCGGGCUGCAGCCGUGGCCGCCGCGGCCCAUGGAGCCCGCCAGCCCGGCCCCCGGCCGCCUCGGGCCGCUGCUCUACCUGCUGCUCGCCGCGACUUGUGCCUGGCCAGAAGCAGCCACAGAAGAGGCUCUGAAGGUGAUUCAGCCUGAGAAGCCAGUGUUAGUCGCUGCUGGAGAGAAGGCCCUUCUGCAGUGCACUGUGACCUCCCUGUACCCUGUGGGACCCAUCCUGUGGUACAAGGGGCAAGGACAAAGCCAGGAGUUAGUCUACAAUUUCAAAGGAGGCCACUUCCCCCGAGUCACAAAUGUAUCAGACACCACAGUGAGAAACAACAAGGACUUUUCCAUCCACAUCAGGAACGUCACCCCAGAAGAUGCUGGCACCUACUACUGUGUGAAGUUUCAGAAAACAGCCAAUCAGGAUAAGGAGUUUCAGUCUGGAGGAGGCACCAAGUUGUCUGUGCGUGCCAAGCCCUCUCUCCCUGUGGUGUCGGGCCCUGUGUCGAGGGCCACCUCUGGACAGACGGUGAGCUUCACCUGCGAGUCCUAUGGCUUCUCCCCCCGAGAGAUCACCCUGAAGUGGUUCAAAAAUGGGAAUGAACUCCUUGCCUCCCAUAUCAGCGUGGAUCCCACGGGAGAAAGCGUCUCCUACAACGUCUCUAGCACAGCCAAGGUGGAGCUGGCCCCCGGGGAUGUUCGCUCACAGGUCAUCUGUGAGGUGGGACAUGUCACCUUGGAGAGGGGCCUACGUGGGAUUGCCAACAUAUCAGCCAGCAUCCGAGUUCUGCCCACCGUGGAGGUCACUCAGCAGCCCACAAUGACAGAGAACCAGGUGAACGUCACCUGCCAGGUGAAGACGUUCUAUCCCCAAAGGCCCCUGAACCUGACCUGGUUGGAGAAUGGAAAUGUGUCCCGUAUGGAAACACCCUCGAACGUCACCGAGAACAAGGAUGGGACCUACGACUGGACAAGCUGGAUCUUGGUGAAUUCAUCUGCUCACAGGGAGAACGUGGUGCUCACCUGCCAGGUGGAGCACGAUGGGCAGCCAGCUGUCACCAGAAACCUGACCGUGCAGGUCUCUGUCCCCCCGAAAAAGGAGGGCAUCGAUACCACCCCUGCAACAACUGCUGACAACUGGAACAUCUUUAUCGUGGUGGGUGUGGUCUGUGCCUUGCUGGUAGUCCUGCUGAUGGCGACCCUCUACCUCCUCCGAAUCAGACAGAAGAAAGCUAAGGGGUCCACUUCUUCUACAAGGUUGCAUGAGCCCGAGAAGAAUGCCAGAGAAAUCACCCAGGUACAGUCCUUGAUCCAGGACACAAAUGACAUCAAUGACAUCACAUAUGCAGAUCUGAAUCUGCCCAAGGAAAAGAAGCCUGCUCCCCGGGCUGCUGAGUCCAACAACCACACAGAGUACGCCAGCAUUCAGACUGGCCCACCACCCCGGCCAGAGGACACCCUCACCUACGCUGACCUGGACAUGGUCCAUCUCAACCGGGCGCACAAACCGUCGACCCCCAAGCCUGAGCCAUCCUUCUCAGAAUAUGCCAGUGUCCAGGUCCAGAGGAAGUGAGUGGGACUGCUCUGCCUCGGGCCUGUCCUCACAAGCUUUCUUGUCCCAUGUGGAGGGGCUGUAGUGAAGACAGACAGCCAGCCAGUUCUCGAUGGCCAAGUGGUGCAGGCCCUGGAACCAGGAGUGAGGGUGGCUCUUGUCUGCCACCACCCUUGGCACUUCAGCUCAUCCAGGGCAGCCCUGCCCCCUAAUUCUGUCCCACAUCUGGAGGUUGAUGCGGCCAAACCAGUAAGGGAAGUGGCCUGGAGUCGACCAGAGGUGCCUGAGAUCUAAGAACUUGUGUCACUGGUCAUCGGGCACCAGUCUGGUUGUGAUCUUGGAGACUCUGAGCUCCCUCCUCGAUACUCUGGCUCCCUAUCCUCUAGGGUGAAGAGAAGAGUCCACCUCCUCCUGCUUCCUCCAUCCACCUGGGGCUUUGGGAAAAAAUUUCCUCUUAGAUUGAACUGCUCCAUCCAUGGAGAAGCUGGAAAAACUGAGAUCUGCGUCCCAAAACUUGGCGAGGUUGCUGCCAACGGUCCUGGCGCCCCUCUACCUUGGGCCCCUCUGGGACUCCCGGGACACUGACAAGGCUGAUGGGGCACUCCAUGUAGCCCUACCUCUCCCUUCCAGACCCAAGCUUGCUCCCUCCAGCUAGCACUAACUCAGCAGCAUCGCCGUGGACGCCUGUAAAUUAUCAAGAAAUGUGAACUGUGCAAUCUUGAAGCCGAGGUGUUAGAAAACUUGAUCUGUGGUGUUUUGUUUUGUUCUGUUUCAUUUUAUUUUUUCUUAAAACAAAAGCAAUGUUAUCUUGGCUCUUUGUCAUGUUUUGAAAUUCUGGUUGGGUCUUGUGAAGUCUGAGGUUUUAACAGUUUGUCGUCCAGAGCUGAGUUUCCUCCAAGGCCCAGAGCCCUAAGCACAGGAAAGAACUGUCUCUCAGCUACUUGGCAGGGACAGUCAUUGAGCCUUCUCCCUGGGACUCAGUUCAGCCUUCUGUCUGGGCCCCGCCAUGUUGCAGGGCACUGUGGUACGUUCCACCUGCCCAGUGCUUCUCCACACCACAGUCUCGUCCAGAUCUGAUGCCUCAGUCUGCUCUUCCAUACAGAGGGGAGAGGGACAGUGACACCCUCCCCACCAUCUCACAAGCACUUUAGGGACAUGCAGAGGGGUCAACACUGAGCUGGGCCAUUUGCCCCACCCCUGUAGCCAUCGCCCCCUUCCAGCUCGCUGAGCUAAUCUUCCACUUCUCAAACCCCAUUGGGAUGAAACUGGAAUAGAUCCUGGUCACAGCCAAGACAGCUCAACUGUGAGCCACUGCUGGUCUGUCAGACUGGGCAGAGGCUGUGACCACAUUACUGUCUGACCCCUUCUAGUUGGGUGCAAGGGCCCGCCUGGACCCUGGACCCUGGACCAGGCAAUGUUACAAACUUGGUUAUUGGGUCUUCAUUGAGUCCAGACAAUAAUGUCCAUAACUCCGGGCUAUAGGAGGCCCAGGCUGACAAAGCAAGAAGCUGAGCCAUCCUGCCUAUUUCUGCAGGUACAGCGAGGGAGCAGAGACCAGCACCUCUCUGUGGUCAGUGACUUGAUGUUGUAUGUGACAGCAUGCAGGAAUGCGGCAAGCCAACAGGCCAUGUGGGCAGCAUUGGCUGAAUAAGCCAGGGCUCCUCUAUGGCAUCUGGGAGCUACAGUGCCCCGGCCACCUGCCCAAGCUGUUUUUCAGUUUCAAAGGGUUGGCUUCUAAACCUUCAUCUCCCUUUGCUGCUCAAAGAGAGCACAUGUGAGUGUAGAAGUGUGUCUGUGCGCGCACGCACACACACACACACACACACAUACAGGAUUUUGAAAGAAUGUUUUCUUGGUGCCAUUUCAAUUUUGUUUGAUUUUAAUGGGGUGGGGUGAGGGAAUGAGGCCAGUGAGGCGGGCGUGUGGCUUUAGCUUCGGCUGGGCAGCCUGGAGAGUCCUCAUGCCAUGUGUGUGGAGCUCCAGGAAAUGGAAGAGGUUGAAACAGCCCUGUGGAAGGAGUGUGGUUUUGGGAGUUUAUUUUCAGAGUGUUGAGAAGGAAACAGGCCCCAUUUUGUAUAUAGUUGCAACUUAAACUUUUUGGCUUGCAAAAUAUUUUUGUAAUAAAGAUUUCUGGGUAAU